AUGGACGCUCGCCAUGGGUCUUUUCCUGAAGGAGGGACAGCCGACUUGCAUCGACCAACAGGAGAUUCAGUCACGCUUCGUGCAGUAAAAGACAUCGCCUUCGGAAGCAUUGCAGGAAUGGUAGCAGAAGUAUUCGAAUUUCCCUUUGAUCUAGCUAAAGUGCGCCUCCAAUCUCAAGUCUUGCAUAAUACAGCAAGUUUCGGCGGUCCUCUGGACUGCUUGAUGCAGACCUGGAGAGAUGAAGGGAUAAGAGGUCUUUAUCGCGGUCUACCCGUUCCCAUUUUUGGCUCAAUGGCCGAAACUGCCAGUCUCUUCGUCGCAUACAGCCAGAUCCAAUCUCUCAUUCGAUGGUCUGACGCUUCACCGGCUUCAACUCCUCUCUCGCUCCCCCAACUCGGUCUUGCAGCAGGAGGUGCUGGUUUCCUCACUAGUUUCAUCCUAACGCCUAUAGAACUCGUCAAAUGUAAGAUGCAAGUUCAGAUGAUGUCUCCACCGCUUCGAUUACCCAAUCUUGCGACGUCACCGCCUGAGUUCGUGCACACGCCACACAGAGUGUCUAUAGUGAAGACACAUGGGUUGAAAGGCAUGUGGGCGGGACACACGGGGACUAUACUACGCGAAACGGGCGGAACGGCUGUAUGGUUCGCUUCGAAAGAGUUCAUCGCGUCUGCGCUCCUCGCUCGAAGGAUCCAAUCUUCGCCAUCCUCAAUUCCAAGGAACUAUUUCGUAGAAAGCUUGACCUCGGACCCAUCGAUGGCUCUUGCGCCUUGGGAAUCGGCUCUCUCUGGAGCACUGGCCGGCGGACUCUGCGUCCUUGCCCUCUAUCCUGCUGAUACCAUCAAGUCAGCGAUCCAAACUGCAGAAGAGCUGCGUCCGCCGGAUAUGUUCACUCUCUCGCGGGAACUGGAGAGUAAGUUCCCGUCGUUUUGGAGUACGGGCGUUGCGAUGUACAAGGCUCAGGGGUGGAGGGGGUUGUAUGCGGGGUGUGGAAUGACGGUCGCGCGCGCUAUACCGUGCAGCGGGAUCGUUUUUGUCGUUUAUGAUGGUCUCAGUCAGCGCUUUGGGUCGUGA